AUGUCAUUUCCUGUAGCUAGCGAUUUGAAUGCUACGUGGUCUUUCAUUCAGCCAGGUUUGGAAUUUAUAUUGGGAGCCCAAGAUGAUCAAGGUAUUACCUCUAAGAUGUAUAUGAAUUGUUAUACGGCUAUUUUUAACUACUGUGUCAAAAAAUCGCGUCAGACUCCCAGUUCUCCUGCUACUACAUCGGGAAACAACUCCUACUCGCUAGCAGGAGCAGAAAUUUAUGCAAAGCUAGACAACUACUUAGUUUCGUUCAUAAAGGACCUCAAGCAAGACCCUCUGGAAUCUUUUUUGGAAUUCUAUGUGCGAAAAUGGAGAAGAUACACAAUAGGUGCUGUAUACCUUAAUAAUGUAUUUGACUAUUUAAAUCGAUACUGGGUUCAAAAAGAAAGAUCUGAUGGAAGAAGGGAUGUGUUUGAUGUUAACACAUUAGCUUUACUAAAAUGGAAAACUGAGAUGUUUAAUGAUAAUGCAGAGAUUCUCAUGGACCAAGUAUUAAUUCAAAUUGAAAAGCAAAGAAACAACGAGGUCGUAGAUACGUCAUUGGUUUCUACUGCUAUCAAAUCUUUAGUCUUUUUAGGUAUUGAUGUGCAAGAUUUAAAGAAACCAAACUUAGUUGUUUAUAUUAAGUACUUUGAACAUAAAUUUUUAGAGAAAACGCUGGAAUACUAUGGUAAAGAGAGCAGCAAAUUUCUCUCUCAGAAUAAUGUCGUUGACUAUAUGAAAAAAUGUGAAACAAGACUUACUGAAGAAGUAUCAAGAUCCAACAAUUAUUUAGAAGAUCAUACGAAGAAAUUUUUAUUGGAAACGUUGAAUAAAUCUCUCAUUCAAGAUCAUGCUCAAGAAAUGUACAAUCAAUUUUUAGCUUUGUUGGAACAAAAUGAAACAGAACACAUCCAAAGAAUGCACAAGUUGUUAUCAAGGGUACCAGCAACGUUACAGCCAUUGGCAGAUACUUUUGAAAGCUAUAUAAAGGACCAGGCAAACAAAGCUUUGGAUGAGAUUAAGAGAUCGAGUGACAACGUAGAGGAAGUACCAAAAUCUGCGGAGGCUAAAAGAAAGUCCCCUGUCAGUGCCGUUAAUCCAAAGAUAUAUAUUCACACAUUGAUUUCUAUAUAUGGUCAGUUCAACGAGAUUGUCAUCAAAGCAUUCAAUAAGGACCCUAUUUUCAUUAAGUCAUUGGAUAAUGCAUGUCAUUACUUUGUUAACAAGAACUCCAUUGCAACUCCAAGCCCAAAGUCCAGUUGUCGAACACCAGACUAUUUAGCGAGGUAUGCUGACAGCUUCUUGAAGACUUCGUCAAAGGAAGGAGACAUAGAUGAUAUGACCCCUGAUAAGUUAAUGAUAGUUUUCAAAUUCAUUGAAGACAAGGAUGCAUUUGAAGAACAUUAUCGAAGAUUAUUAGCUAAAAGGCUCAUUAAUGGUAAUAGCAAAUCCGAAGAAUUAGAAGAAAGUAUUAUUCAAAAGCUCCAAGAGGAAAAUUCUUUAGAAUAUACUUCAAAGAUGACCAAAAUGUUCUCGGAUAUGAAGGCUUCUGAGGAUUUGAAAAAUAAUGUUAAGGAAGAUCUCACUACUUCCUCUGUUAAAGAAUUCACGCCAUUAAUUUUGGCUCAAAGCAUGUGGCCCUUCAAACAACUGGAGGAUUAUAGUUUGAAAAUAGCACCAGAAUUGCAACCGUCUUUCAUGAAAGUCACUGAAAUAUAUGGAAAGAAACAUAAUGGAAGAGAGCUCCAAUGGUUGUGGAACCAUGGGCGGGCUGAGGUGAAGGCAAAUCUUUCGAGAAAGGGUAAACCUCCUUUUCUUUUUACUGUUACUAACACUCAAUUAAUGAUUUUACUCGCAUUCAAUAAGAAAAAUACCUAUACUUUCAAGGAGUUGCUAGAUACAUUGGGAGUUUCCCAGCACAUAUUCGAGGCACAUCUAUUGCCCUUCAACAAGUACAAGUUACUUGACCAGGCUCCUCUUGGAUCCGAGAAUUUUAACAAGCCUGACACCACCUUCACUAUAGUUGAAGAAUAUAAGUCUAAAAAGUUGAGAGUAAACUUUGUCAGCUCAAUAAAAACCGAGCAAAAACAGGAAGAGGAGGAUGCCAGUAAAGAGAUUGAUGAAUCACGUAAGAACUUCCUUUCAGCUUGUAUUGUUAGAAUUAUGAAGGCAAGAAAGGAGAUGAAACAUAAUGAUCUUUUAAAUGAAGUAUUAACCCAAUCACUUUCAAGAUUCCGCGCUAAGGUAAUUGACAUCAAAAGGGUUAUAGACCAUUUGAUUGAAAAGGAGUACAUUCGCCGUGUCAAUAAUGAUACCUACGAAUAUUUAGCUUAG